AUGGGGGACCCGGGGCUGCAGCCUGGUCGAGGGAGAGCCAGGGGCACGCUGGGGACAGAGCGUGGCCACCGCUCAGCCCCGCUGCCCGCCACUGGCCUGGUCUUCACGGGCUCAAGCGCCAGCAACGUGGCGGCCGCUCGCUCCUUCUGGAGCUCGGCCGCCCUCCCGCCGCACAUCGAGUCCUGCCUGGCGCCUGCGGCCCUGCACCGCCAAGAAAAGAGAAGAAAUACUAGCUUUACUGAGGAAGCAGAGAGAAGAAAGGAUUGCAGGCAGACGGUUUGUCGAGGUGGAACGCAGCGGCCGUGCUAUAAGAUUGUCUACUUCCAUGAUGUUUCCCGCAGGACCAGCUAUGAGGAAGCUCGCCUGGCCUGCAGAGCUGACGGUGGCCACCUAGUCAGUAUUGAAACAGCAGCAGAGCAAAAACUGAUUGAGAAACUUAUUGGAAGUCUCCUGGCUUCUGAUGGAGACUUUUGGAUAGGACUUAGGAGGAGAAAGCACGAUGUAGACAAUAGCACGGAGUGUCAGGACCUCUACUCCUGGUCAGAUGGCAGCUCGUCCGAGUUCAGGAACUGGUAUGUGGAUGAGCCGUCCUGUGGGAGUGAAAUCUGUGUGGUGAUGUACCACCAGCCAUCUGCGCCACCAGGUGUUGGAGGCCCUUACAUGUUUCAAUGGAAUGAUGACAGAUGCAACAUGAAAAACAACUUCAUUUGCAAAUAUGCUCUUGAGAAGCAAACAAAUGCUGCAAGAGGGAAUUCUCAAACAGAUGUUGCAACAGAGCCAUUGAAGCCAGUAUUGCCAGAAGAACACCAUAAGAAAUACACUAAUGGAACACUUAAGGAAGCCCAAGAGCCUGUUCUGAGUCUUGCCUACAUCCUUAUUCCCAGUAUUCCUGUGCUGCUGCUACUGAUGGUCGUUACAGCCAUCUUUUCCUUUUGGCUUUUUGCAAAGAGGAAACGGGAGCAAAUAGAUACGAGCCCAAAGGAUGAAGAUGCCUGGCUCUCUACCCACAGGAGGAACAGUCCAGAUCUGGAGGUUUACCAAGUCAUUAAGAAGCAAUCGGAAGCAGAUCUGACUGGAACCAGGCCUGACAUUAAGAACUCGUCGUUUUGCACCCGAGAACAUAACAUGCUUGACAGUCUCUCUGGGGAUUAUGAUGAUGUGGCAAUGAAUACACCAAGUGGCUUUGUGACCAAUGAUAUCUAUGAACUGUGUGGAGAUCGCAUGGGAAGGAGCAAGGAAUCAGCCUGGGUGGAGAAUGAGAUAUAUGGAUAUUAAGGCAAUGGACAAAGAAAGCCUGCAAGGUGGAUCCCCCAGUGAAUAACAAUGCAAGUUUAGCCUGCCCUACCUGUGCACUUCUUUUAAUGACUAUGUGUGAUAUUGUAUCCUGGUUUUGCAUCAUCCCUGCAUUUUUUUGGAAAGAAUAUGGGAUUUUAAAGAGCUAAGACAAAGAAUGUGCUUAUCUUGCUUUGCAUCAACCCCCUUUUGCACCAGGAAUGGUCUGUUAAAAAUCUUGAUUACUUUUUAUGUUUACAAGUCUAACUUUCUUGCCUUUCAAAGGUGAAUGUCUUUCAAGGUAAAGAACAAUCUAAAAAUACAUACUUGAAGCAACUUUCUUAUCUCCAAAGAAGGUGCAAGUCGUAAGUCAGUUGCUAGCCAUGCUUGUUUCCUCAUUGGUGUCUCAGAAAGCUGCUGUGACUGCAAAUCUGUUGUUCUCUUAGAUGCCAACCCACGGUCCAGCUGUAUGGUCUUCAUCAGCUGCUUAUAGCACUGACAAGCCCCUUCACAGGGAGAAGAACAGUGCAGUUUCUACUCCAUUCCUUCUCUCCUAGUCUCACUGCCAAGGCCAGAGAUGUGAGUCACUGCACAUAACUGUGUACUGAGUUAACCUUCUAAGUUGUUUUUCCAAGAACCUCAGUAGGUGCUUUGGCAUAGGGCUCACUGUGUCGCUUCACUUAUCCUUGCAAAAGGAACUGCAAAACAAGAAAUGAGGAGUUUAUCUGUAAUGCUGAAGAAAGACAGUGAGGUAGCCUAGCCAGUCUCAGAAAUUACUGAAGUCCUUUCUGUACCUAGUUUACUGUCCUGAAAGGUAUCAGUUUGGCUAAAUAACAAAUUAAAUGCCGGUUGCUUUCUGAAAGGAGUAGCCAUUUACAGUUUUAUUCUAGACUUUUUUUUCCUUAUGCCUGUGACUUGUACUAAAUCCAUGAAGACAAAUGUUCUCAUGUCCAUCUCCAGAGAUGGAUUUUUUUGACAAGGUAGGUAAAUAUAACUAAUUAGUUGAAAAAUGGUGUUUUAACUGGUCAUACUAAUCAGUUCUUACAAAUGCUUUGUCUCUGUGCUACAGGGACUUUAUUCCAUUUCUUUGAUCAAAGAAGUUUUAAGGUGAGGUACUGAGGAUGGUUUGUUGAAUUUCUUCCGUUGACAGUGGGAGGGAAUGACUUCCCUUUUUAACACUUACAGGAUCUUCUAUGACACCACACCUGAUAACUGUCAUUCUUCUGCCCCUGUGGAGGGGCAUAGAGACGAAAUGGAGCACUCCGAAGCUGUUGUACAACUAAGAAUAAAUUCAGGUUGAAUGAGAUUUAAAUGUUAAAUGCCAGGAAAAGGCAAGCAAUUAACAUUAUUCACCUAGAAAAAAAUUAGUCUGUAUUUCACUGCCCAAAUUCUAAGAAUUGAAAGAGGGGUAAGAUCUCCUGCAAAUAAAUGAAUAGGUACAAUCCAUUCCUGUGCUGCCUCAGUUGCUUCUGGCUAUAGCCACCACACAGCAGUGCUCUGCACUUGCUCUGCCACUUAAAGUUUCUCAUCCUUACCUCAACAUGCAGGUGAUACGUGGAAGACUGGAGUUGGGAGCAUGAGUUUGGCAGCAUGUUGCAGAUUCCAAUGCCAAGUCAUAGGCUGUAAAGCACCGGUAGCAGCAGUGAGGUCUCUGGGCUUGGCUUUUGCUCACUCGGGAGUUAGCCUGCAUUGUGUAGGGGGAAUUAAGUUCUGCUGUUAAUGCUAUAGCAAUGAAAGAGUUGCAGGCUUGCUUUCAGGCAGGUUCUGUUUCCUGCUAGAACAUACAGAACUGUCAGUAGAGAACUGGCAGCAGCUCUGUGGAGUUGGGCUGUUGGCAUUUCUGUCCUGUCCGCUCUGUUUCAGUGCUUUCAUAAGCUUGUUUGUAUUAUUCCUAAGGCGAAGAGGUUCAGUUUUGAGCAAGCCAGCAUGUUUUGCUCUGUCUGCACUUACUGUUUCCAAUUAUUCCAGUAAUGGAGCUGUUUCCAAAAACUGACAUUUUGCUAGAAUGUGUCCCAUUGGGCCGAGGAAAAAGUG